AUACAAUCGACGAAUUGGUUCAUCAUCAAAGCCAAAUAGGACAUAUGAAAAAAUGUCUGGUUUGUCAAACUUCUAAUAUCGACAAUAAGAAACGAGUUUGCCCUAAUUGCUAUAGCAAAUUACCAACGAUUUCUGAGAUAAUCGACGAACAACAUAAGACUAUAAAUGCCACCGAAAAAUCACUUACCAUUUCUCCUUACAUAUUUAAACAACGAUUAGUUCCGGAAA